AUGGCUAUCCUCAAGCCCAUUCUGCUGGCAGCCCUGGCAGCAGUGGCUGGUACCACGCAAGCUCAAUCCAAUCCGCCAACCCAGGCGUGGGCAGCAACCCCAAAGCUCAAGGCGCCACCAACAAUGUUACGCCCAGUACCGGGCCAAGCGGGUAUCCACGCCCCAUCCCUUCAUGAAUGA